CUUCGAAAACAACCAGCAACCAUGCAGAAGCCCAAGACAUACGACUGGAAGGAUUCCAACAUGGCCCUGUUUGGGUCAGACACGGAGAAAAAGGUGAAGAAGGACAGUGCCAUGACCGAACCAGCGUGGGAGGGAGCCGGCCAAGAAGUAGGCAUCCAAAUCUGGCGGGUCGUGAAGUUCAAGGUCACCCACUGGGAGAAGGACCAAUAUGGUGAAUUCUUCAACGGAGAUUCUUACAUCAUCCUCAACACAUAUAAAGAAAAGGAUAGCGAUGAACUGAAAUACGACGUCCACUUUUGGAUUGGAAAAUAUUCCACACAGGAUGAGUAUGGUACAGCUGCCUACAAGACUGUUGAAUUGGACACCUUUCUGGAUGAUAAACCAGUUCAGCAUCGAGAAGUCCAAGCUCACGAAUCCAAACUUUUCAAGUCUUAUUUCCCCACACUGACGCUUUUGAAGGGUGGUGCUGACACCGGCUUUAGACGUGUGCUACCAGAGUCAUAUAAACCACGUCUUUUCCAUGUCAAAAAACAGGACAAAAAAAGUAUCACAUCUACUGAGAUAUCUAUGAAGAGAGGAAAUAUAGACUCUGGUGAUGUCUUUAUUUUGGAUCUUGGAAAAACAAUAUACCAGUUCAAUGGCGCUUCAUGCAGUCAUGAUGAGAAGUUUAAGGCUGCUCAAGAAUGUGCGAAGAUGAAACACAGUAGAGGAAAGGCCCAAAUUGAAACACUUGAGGAAGAUUCCAUCUCUGAAGAUCAUGUUUUCUACAAGAAUCUGAAGGAGGGCAAGAGCAAAGAGAAGACACCUGAUGUACAGGGUGAAAGGAAAAUGUUUAGAGUCAGUGAUGCAGAUGGCAGUUUAGAUAUGGACGAAAUAGCCGAAGGUUCAGGCAUCAGCAAGGAUCUAUUGACUUCAGAUGAUGUUUAUGUUAUCAACACUGGGGAACAUUGCUACUGUUGGGUUGGUAAGGGAGCAUCCAUUGAUGAAAGGAAGAAUGGUCUUUCCUACGCCAGUAACUAUCUGAAUAAAACUGAGACCCCCUGGUUGGCAAUCACUGUUGUUGCCCAGGGCGCCGAAAAUGCUGAUUUCAAUGCAGCUUUUUAAAGCGGACCAAACUUUAACUUCAGAACCUGAGGGAAGCAGUCUCGAUCAUCUAUCGUUGAUUUUUUUGUAUUCUGCUAUAUAACCAAAUGUAUGCUUAAAAUAAUUUACAAUUUAUGAUCUUAUUUAAAACCAGAUAACAUGCUAUUUUUUAAGGCUUAGCUCAAAGUUUAGGCCCCAUCAUAUUUUCCCGUUUGUAAAAUGAUUUUCUGAUUAUUUUCUUGUUCCAUGCUUACCUUGCAAAUAAUCUUUCAGUUUGAACAAUUAGAUCGAAAUUACAUUACAAAGAUUUUAUUCAAUGGUAAAUUUUUUGCAUUUUUAAACUGGUACCUUACAUUGUAACAUGCACAGUGAUUAUAAAAAUGAUGACUGUGGUAUAAACAUCUACAACAACAACAAAAUCUGUUGAAUACAUUUCAUGCUUAUACCCUGGUUAGGAUAUAGGGUUGGGAUACUGGUUUGAGACCAUGUGAUUUCUUCUAUAUUUUCUCCUCCAUUUCGUCAUGUCUCUCCUUCUUUCUUCUAACAUUAAUUUCCCUUCUUCCUCUUCUUCCUUUUUCCUCUUCUUCAUCUCCCCCUUUCUUCCUUUCAUACCCCUCCUCUUUGUCCUCCUGUGCCCUUUUAGUCCUUUCCUAUUCUUAUACACUGUAAAAUUAGAGUGUUAAAACAGAUAUCAAAUAGUGUCCUUAGAGGACUACACCCUGAGGUGUUAAAAUUACACCUUAGAGAUUAGACACAACACCAACGACUGUUAAAGUACCAACCAAAUGUAUUUUUGCUAACUUCAAACUGAACACUGGCAUGGUCCUCUUUGUACACUUUUUAACACCAGUUUUUGCUUUGUAUAUUCCCUUGAACUGAACUGAAUUUAUGUACUACCAAAUAUGUCAAAAUACAUUGAUACAAGGUAAAUUAAAUCAGAAGUAGGAAUUAUAAUGGUCUGAUUUCAUGCUCUUAUCAUUCUGCAGUCACAUUCAAACUGGAAACUUGGUGUGUUGGAACUAUUCUCUUUAUCCAAAUUCUUGUGUAAAUAUACUUCCAUAUGACAUGUAUUAUAGACUACAUAUAAUAGAUCAUGAAUUCAGUCCAUGGAAGUUCCUUCGGGAGAGUCAUCAUCAAAGAUGUGUAAGAAAACAGACUCAAUUUCAUAUUUUAUUAUUUAUACAGAUUUAUCCUUUAAAUUGUGGUGAUUUAUUAUUUAUCAUAGUAUUCUUUCAUUCUUUUGAUGACUUGAUUAGACUUGGAUUGUAUAAAAGAAUUGCCUUCGAACUUAUCUAAUAAGAUAUGUAUCUCUUUGUAUUUUGGAGAACUCACCUUUGCAUAAUGUAGAAGGCUUAUAGAGUCUUAAGGUGAUUAAUUUUUCUUGGAAGUAGAUGAUUUUAUUUUAAAUUUCUAUUGAAAUUCACAAUGUAUAUUCAGAUGAAAUAUAUGUCUAUGACGGUAAUCAGCUGUACAUUGAACAAUUAUCUCUAAUUAAAAAAAAAAAUGUUUUAUUGCUUACAAGCCAACAGAUAUGUUAUCUGGGUGCCUAGAUGCCGAACAUGUCAGACAAUUGGGGGAUUCGUGAACAAGUAAAACAUGCAUGAUAUUCAGAGUUUGUAAUACAUUGUACUGGGCUAAAUUGACCAAUUGAAAUUUAUGGUAUUUUAAUCUACUUUCAGUGUUGAUAUCAGUGUAUUGCCUACUUUGUGUACAGUGUGAAGUGAUUGGUGUUUUGUUAUAGAAAACUGUGGUGUAUAUGGACCACACAAGUGAAUUUACAUUGGCAGUAGUGUUAGUUCCACACCCAUGGGUGUUACCACACCAUUGGUUGUUACUUUAACACACUUGGUGUUAUGUGAAAUCUGUAGGGUGUAAUGUUAGCACCUCCCAAUGUGGUCCUCUUGGGACACCAUCUGGUGUCAGGCUUAACACUUCAGAAACUGCGAUGUACAUGGACCACACGAGUGAAUUUAUAUUGGCAGUGUUAGUUCCACACCCAUGGGUGUUACCACACCAUUGGUUACUUUAACACACUUGGUGUUAUGUGAAAUCUCUAGGGUCUAAUUUUAACACCUCCCAAUGUGGUCCUCUAGGGACACCAUGUGGUGUCAGGCUUAACACCCCCAGUUGCUGUGACAAUUCUAUUCAUUUAUCACUUCAAAGACAAUUCAUAAAGAACAUAAAGAAUACUGCAUGUCAUGUGGUAGGCCCAUUGCUAUAAAGGGUUACUUGCCCGUUGCUUGAGUCGUGCAUACAGGCCUAUAGAAGUUUGAACCAUAUUUUAGGGAUAUAAAUUUUAUAACUUGUGUAACGUAGACAGUAUACUCAUAUUGAUUUGACAGUAAACAAUGAAUAGUGUUCAUUGAAGGAAGCAAUAAUACAUCAAAUGUAUUGCCUUAUAAUUAUAUGUGAUUGAUUUUGUCAUUUCGAAUAACAUGUAUUUUACUAUGGAAAUUACUAACACAUUUAAGGAUUAAAACAAUGAAAUGUGAUGGGACAUUAAUGUA